AUGCCUCUCCCUGGGACGAAAUCCGCGAGACUUCUCGAUAUGCUGAGCCUCAAGGGCAAGGUGGUCGUCGUUACAGGUGCUUCGAAUGGCCAUGGGAUCGGCAUUGAAGUAGCCCGCGGUUGUGCUGAACUGGGCACCAGCAUUGCCUUGACCUACUUCUCACGUAGUGAGAGUUGUCUUCAAAACAUCGGAGACUUAACUCGCGAUUACGGGGUCACAUCCCGUGCAUACACCCGUGACAUUAGUCGGUGGACAUCUGUCCAGGAGACUGUUUCCCAUAUCGUGAAAGACUUCGGGCAAAUUGACAUUUUUGUUGCAAACGCAGGCCGGCUAACUGACUCUGGUGUGCUUGAAGGCAGCGUCGAGUCAUGGGAGGAGGUUAUUCAAGCAGAUUUGAAUGGAACUUUCUAUUGCGCCAAAGCAGUUGGUCCGCACUUUAAAGAAAGGGGUUCCGGAAGCUUCAUCGUGAGCUCCUCGAUUUCCGGACAUAUUGCAAACUAUCCGCAAGAGCAAACAUGUUAUAAUGUCGCUAAAGCUGGAUGUAUUCACUUGGCAAAGUCGCUGGCGAAUGAGUGGAGAAACUUUGCGCGUGUCAACUCAGUGUCGCCGGGCUAUGUUGAGACUGAUAUCUCGGAUUACAUUCCUAAAGAGAAAAAAGACAUGUAG